ACCCACCCUGUCGGCCCCGGCCCCCGCGUGCCGCUCCCUGGCUUCUGAUUGGCCGGAGCCGGCUGUGGGCGGGACGGGGAGAAGCCGGCCAGACGGCGCGCGCGGGCGGGGGUCAGAAGCCGGUUGAAGUUUGACGGAGUCUGUGAUUCUUUGAAGAUUCUUCAAUCACUAUGUCAACCAACUCAGAUGUUUCUCUUUCUUCAUACGAUGAAGAUCAGGGAUCUAAACUUAUCCGAAAAGCUAAAGAGGCACCAUUUGUCCCCAUUGGAAUGGCAGGUUUUGCAGCAAUUGUUGCAUAUGGAUUAUAUAAAUUGAAGAGCAGGGGAAAUACCAAAAUGUCCAUUCACUUGAUCCACAUGCGUGUGGCAGCCCAAGGCUUUGUUGUGGGAGCAAUGACUCUUGGUAUGGGCUAUUCUAUGUACCAGGAAUUCUGGGCAAAACCUAAGCCUUAGAGGAGAUGCUGUCUUAUCUGGUUGGUGAUGCUUGCUGUAGUAAGACAUCUCAUAUUGAGGUUAUAUGUUUGUGUUGAAAAUAAAUUGUUUGAGUGGGUCAGACAAUAACAUGGUAACUUGCAUAUUGGCGUCCUUUCUUGCAGGCUUGUUUUGCCUGCUGACUAAAUUACUAGUGACUAGAGUUCACUAACUACGUUGUUCAGAGGAAUCAAGUUAGCACCUAAGAAACAUGUCACUUUCAAAUGCACUGGAUAGUGGUAAAAUGUCCACUUUGUUAAACCCUUCUGAUGAAAUUAGUUCUAAAGAAGACAACAUGCCAAUCCCGAAGUACUCCCAGUUGCUGCAGAAUAUCACAUGCUUUUGAUGUUAUGUAGGAAUCCCGUUUGCCCCUGUUAAUUUAACUUUUUUCUGCCUGCCUCAUGGACUGAAAGAGUGCUUCAGUUUUUAGGGCUGGUUGGCUCUUGAAGAACGCUUUCAGAACAGUGCAUGGCAUGCAACGUUACAAGCCUCCCCACAGCUGAAAAUGUGUGUGUGUGUGUGUGUGUGUGUGUAGCCAAACCUAAAAUGCCGAUAGUAGGCCUGCUGGAAGGUAGUAUUUAUUUCAGAAUCCUACUUGUAAACAUAAGAAUAACUUAAUUAUGGAUCCCAGAUUAGCUCUUUUGUAAUUACAUAACUAUAUUUUUGUUGCUGUUAUAUUAGAAUAAUUUUUUUAAUGUCAUCUUGAAAUAGAAACAUGUAUUUUAAGUGCUAAUGCAAUGAAAAACACUUUUUAAAUGUGUGCAGUAUGUUUAUUUUCUCUGUACGAAUUAUAAAGAUUAAAUUGAACAAAUUACCUGUAAUGGAAGUGAUUAAUGAUUUAUGAGCAAUCUGGUCAGACAUACACAAACUUUGGUAUACAGAAGACUUUACUGUACUUGUGAAAUUCUCUUGUCUAACCUGAAUUUACAUUCCAUGGUGACAACAUGGUAAAUGUAGUGUUAUUAAAGUAAGUAAACACAUCAAA